AUGCCUGGCACAAGUAACAUUCGCGAUUGGGAUCUCAUCAUCACUGCUCACAUCAACUCAACUACUGUCUUUGGAUGUGGGUCUGAUGCACGUCUUGAAGCCUCUUUGUUGAGAAUCUUGUCUUUUGUCCAAUGUGAGUUUCGAAGAGCAGAUGUGAUACGCGAGUGGAAACAUUGCCACUACUUGGCUUUUCAGACUACGGUCGAGUCAGGGGUGUUUGUGGGUUUGCAACGCGCGGUUUCUAUGCAUGAGCAAGCGUUUUCGUCAGGUGGGGAGUCUGUGGUGUCCAGUAAGGGUUGGGAGUGGUAUUUGUGA